AGCUGGGAGCCAGCCGCGCGGGCGAGAACCGGAAGGCGGCGCGCUCCUCCCCAGCUCCAGGCGCGGGAGGAGCGUCGGUCCCGGCUCUCUCCGCCGCUUUGUUCGCGGCCUUUCCCCUCCCCUUCGGAGAAGACUCGAGCCCUCUCCGGGCUCCGAGGGGCUGGCGGAGGCGCGGGCUGCGGGAAGGAGGGAGCAGCUGUACUGGGGGCUUAGCCCUGGGAGGGCCUAAGGGACAUCAAAAGACUCUCUUGCAACCUGAAACUUCCCUCUCCUCCUAACCUGGACCCGGAGGAGAAGUCCGCGUGGGGGCGGAGACCCGGAAGGCAGGUCGUCCGCGGAGGCGGGGGGUCCUGCAGCGGAUCCAGCGUGAGGCGCCCACAAAAGAGGCGAGAGGUGCCCGCACACAGGGGCGGCGGCAGGAAGAGGAGCGCGAGUGGAGCGUCCGGACCCGCCGUGCGUACUUCCUCGUGGCCAGGGGCGGGGGGAUCGCCCCAGGAGGGGGACGUCCGUGGCCAGGGGGCGCUAGCCCAGUUCCGGUUGCGGCGUACCCCCUGCGCUCCCACGAGAGGAAAGUUUUCUCCAGAAGCUCCCUGCUGACCCGCGCCCUCGGGGCCCAGCUUUCGAGCCUGCGGAGCGGGCGCCGGCCCAGGCCAGCCCCGGGGAGCCCCGUGCCGUGAUGCCUGGGGGUUGCGCCCGUGGCCCCGCCGCCGGGGACGCUUGGCUGCGGCUCGCGCGGCUGGCGCUGGUCCUGCUGGGCUGGGUCUCCUCAUCUUCGCUCACCUCCUCGGCGACCUCGUCGGCCUCCUCCGCGUCGUUCGUGGCGGCGUCCGCCCAGCCCCCGCUGCCGGGCCAAUGCCCCCCGCCGUGCGAGUGCUCGGAAGCGGCGCGCACCGUCAAGUGCGUUAACCGCAACCUGACGGAGGUGCCUGCGGACCUGCCCCCUUACGUGCGCAACCUCUUCCUCACCGGCAACCAGCUGGCCGUGCUCCCCGCCGGCGCGUUCUCCCGCCUCCCGCCGCUGGCCGAGCUGGCCGCGCUCAACCUCAGCGGCAGCCGCCUGGAGGAGGUGCGCGCCGGCGCCUUCGAGCAUCUGCCCAGCCUGCGCCAGCUCGACCUCAGCCACAACCCGCUGGCCUCUCUCAGCCCCUUCGCCUUCUCGGGCAGCAACGCCAGCGUCUCGCCCCCCAGCCCCCUGGUGGAACUGAUCCUCAACCACAUCCUGCCCCCUGAUGACGACGAGCGGCACAACCGGAGCUUCGAGGGGAUGGUGGCGGCCGCCCUGCGAGCUGGCCAGGCGCUGCGCGGGCUCCGCCGCCUGGAGCUGACCAGCAACUGCUUUGCCUACCUGCCCCAGGAUGUGCUGGCCCAGCUGCCGAGCCUCAGGCACCUGGACCUGCGCAACAACUCGCUGGUGAGCCUGACUUAUGUGUCCUUCCGCAACCUGACACACCUAGAAAGCCUCCACCUGGAAGACAACGCCCUCAAGGCCCUUCACAACGGCACCCUGGCCGAGUUGCAAGGCCUGCCCCAAGUCAGGGUCUUCCUGGACAACAAUCCCUGGGUCUGCGACUGCCACAUGGUGGACAUGGUGACCUGGCUCAAGGAGACAGAGAUAGUGCAGGGAAAAGCCGGCCUCACCUGUGCAUUCCCGGAAAAAAUGAGGAAUCGGGUCCUCCUGGAACUCAACAGCUCCGACCUGGACUGUGAUCCUAUCCUCCCUCCAUCCCUGCAGACUUCUUAUGUCUUCCUAGGUAUUGUUUUAGCCCUGAUAGGUGCCAUUUUCCUACUGGUUUUGUAUUUGAACCGUAAGGGGAUAAAAAAGUGGAUGCAUAACAUCAGAGAUGCCUGCAGGGAUCACAUGGAAGGUUAUCAUUACAGAUAUGAAAUCAAUGCGGACCCCAGGUUAACAAACCUCAGUUCUAAUUCGGAUGUCUGAAAAACAUUUGAGGCCAGAACAAGGACAACUAUGCAUGAGAUGUAGACUUAAUUAAGCUUUAUCCUGUCCUAGGCUUGCUCCACCUCCACCCUCCACUGUAGAUACCACUGGCCUUGACUGAAAGCAGUGAAGGGGAUUUGCUCCCUUGUCAUGUAAAGUGUCUAGGUGUGGUCCAUUAAUGUAAGAUGAUGAUGAACAAUUUCAUAGUCUUUAACCCUCUUCCCUUUCUUGGAACUCAACAUGUAUGGAGGGACUUCUCAAGUUUCAGCAUGAACAUGGACUCCUGGCUGUCUGUUUCUUUUAGUACAAUAUGUAACAAGUGUACCAAUACAGAUAGCAUUCAACAAAAGCUGCCUCAACUUUUUCAGAAAAAUAUUCAUAAGUAUCAGUUUUAUUCUCAUGUACCUAAAUUGUGAAGAAAAUGAUUGCAUUCCAUAAACUGCCUGCAGACCUUAGCAAGCUCUUCAAAGUAACUCCAUAGUACACAGGAGCACCUGCAUCCGAGAGCAUGCUUAUAUUUUACUGUUCUGCAUAUUCCAAAAAAAUAACUUGCAACUUCAGAUAACUUCUUUGAGAAAGUAAAUUACUUUUUUGAUUGCAGUUUAUAUGAAACUAUAUGCAAGUUGUUUUACAAACUGCAUCGAGAUCCAACAGGCUAAAUUGUUAAAAAAAAUUCAAUAAAGAUUCUUAAAAGAA